GCCCCUCUAUCCACUAUCUUGUCUCUCAAGCCCAGCUCGGAGGCUGUAGGCACAGCCUCUGGUCUCAAUUUCUCCAUGUGCCCUAUGGGAAAGGGGGCAGGAAGGCUUGUCCGGAUCCGCAGUUGUCACAGCGAGGGCCAGUUGGGCCAGGCUGCUGGGGCUUCAGCUGCAACCCACCCCCAGUCUCCAUGACAACCAGAGGCCUGGAGGAUCUGGAUGGGGGCCUGGGCAGCUGCCUCCCCAAUGAUGACCUCCCGUUCCUGGAGGAACCACCCUCAGGCCGGCGGCCAGACAGCAAGGCUAGAGGGACAUCCAGGCUGGCCGACUCCAGCAGCUGGACCCAUGUCCUUCAGGACCCAGUUGCUGCUGGCACUGGGGAUGCCGGGCUCAAGAAGAUGGAAAAAGGGCUCGAGGGCAAGGAGAGCUCAACAACCGGCAAAUCGGGAACAAGCCCCCGGAGCGUUCAGGCGCGUAGGAAGCCGCAGGCUGCGCCUCCCCCGCAGCCGCCCCUGUCGCCAAUCGAUGACCUGCCCUGGGGAGAUCUGACGCUCAACAAGUGCCUGGUGCUGGCCUCGCUGGUGGCCCUGCUGGGCUCAGCUCUCCAGCUGUGCCGGGACGUAGUGGCUGGGGAGGCCGAGGCUGCCCCUCCACAGUGGGUUCCGCCCAGCUCUCCACCAAAGAAGGAAGCUUCGCCAGUGCCUAAGCCUCUGGUUUUGGUGCCCCUAUCCGGACCUCCUCAGCCGAAGCCUGGGCCACCACCACCCCAGACACAGAUGCAGGGUGAGCCUGAGCUUCCCGGGAGCCCUGAGGCUAUAGAGACCCAGGUAGAACCUGGAAGGUCCAUCUCGGAAGUCUCUGGGAAGGAGAGUGUACACCUUGGGGACCGAGGAUCCCAGGAGAAGCCGCGGAAAGAGAAGCCAAGGAAAGGGGAAAAACUGAAGAAAGAGAAGCCGAGAAGGGAGAAGCCGAGGAGGGUGGAGAAGCCCCAGGUCACCAGGGAGCCCCGCCAAUCACUGCCACGGCGCUGGGAGGCGCGGGAAGGAGGCCAUAGGCCAUGGAGGCGGGACUCCAGAGACCUAGAACAUGAGAAGCUGCGGACCUGGCCUUCCCGGCAAUGGCACGACCAUGAUGACCGGCCCAGGCCCAGACAGAAGCCCCGUGGAGGGAAGGGGCGUGACUGAACCUGCCUGUGUCCCCUGUGUGAAUCCUGAGUCCCCUCUUUCUGUAGUACCAGCAAAUAAAAGCCUUGCUGUGACAGCCACA